AUGAAUAAAAUAACCUUGAAAGCAAGACCAAGUUCACCUGCUAUUACACAAGAAGAACACAAAGAAUCUUCAUUACCACCUAUUAAGACUCUUGAUGAAAUAUCUACUGUAUUAACUUUUGAAAUCGAUAAUACUUCUCUGAUAAAAAAGCUAAAACAAACUGAUCACAGAAAUUUAGUUAGUACGGAUAUUCAAACAUAUAACAAAAACAAUGUCGGUUUAUUUGUUAAUAAAGACAAUGUAUCAACUGCUGAAAUAUAUCCUAUGUUAACAGAUUCAUGGACACCAUCAAGUACAUUUAAAUUCUUACAAGUUAAUGUGCAUCAAAGAAUACGAUCAUUCAAACGAAGAUGGUCUGCUUAUGAUCCAGCUAAAAAUCCUCUUAGUCAACUAGUAUUAAAACCAUUAACUUCAUCAUACAAUGCUUAUCUUUAUAUUCAAAUACAUGAAAAUACUGAUUAUCACUCAUUUUCUAAAGAAUAA